AGUAUUUAUUUAUUUUAAUUAUCCCCUAUAUUCGUUACAAAAUAUUCCGUCUAAUUUUCUCUACUAAGUCACUCUCCACAAAUGAAAAAAAAUAAGAAAUUCUCUAAAGUAAAAAUCUUCCAAAUGUCAAGUUGAUUCUUGUCGAAGCUAAAGAGUUCCAAUCUUUCCCACCCUCCAUCUCCAAAAUUUUCCAUCUCUUCGUUACAUAUUUUAGUCCCCGUGGAUAGAACAUUGCUGUUGAGAGGUGUCAGUAUCUCGCUGUAUAAAAAAAUAUAAAUAUAUAUUUUAACUCAAAAAUUGAUUUUUCCGGUGGAGUUUUCUUCCCGGAGUUGGCAUGGGAACCACUGCCACGAUGGACGAAUGGCCGCCGGAAGGGCAAUUUCCAUUUGAUCUUUUCAUAUCUAAGAAAUAUAAGUCUUUUUGGGCUGCUGGAAAUAUACAAUUCACCGAUGCUGUUGGCAAUUUGCUCUUCAGAGUUGACCGUCGUCAAUCGAAUAAUUCAUCAGCUCAGAAACUAAUUCUUGAUGCAUCGGAUAAUACCUUAAUUCGAUUAGUUCGAUUAGUCAAAGGACCAUGGCAAGGCUUUAUGGUAAGUGAUAAUGAAGAGAAGAAGUUGAUGUUCAGUGUACAUAGGACGCAAAAUACAUUUACCAAACUAGAGUUUGACAUAUUCCUUGGUGAUGGACAUGGUGAAGGCGCAGAGGCUGAUCUUAAGAUGAAAGGUUCCGCCUUCAAGAGAUCCUGCACCAUCUACAAAGGCAAUUCCAUAGUAGCUGAGACUAGUCUUAUGUACACACUUGGAUUCAGGAAGCAUUUCAUUCCGAGGAACAGAUUUCGAGUAACCAUAUUCCCCGGUUUUGCCGAGCUAAGUCUGGUCGUGGCUUUGGUUGCAAUCUUUUUUGACAAACGAAAAUUUUGGAUAUGAUAAAAGGAUCAAAAUUGUCAUCAUUUUAUGGUCAAUUCAAUGUGUCGUCGUUUCUUUUUUAUUUCAAUGUUGAAAAUUUCAUAUGACAAUGUUUCAAUUGUAUCUUUCCUACAUAAUAUUUCAUAAGAUGAGCAAACAAUUUGCUCGGAUUUUAACAA